CAAGACGGAAUCAUUCGCUACCAUCUGUCGCUUAAUCGACAAUUGAACCAAAGCUUCCAGUAACAUCGCCACCGCAGCCGAAGCCUUACGUUCAUUAGAGAACCGAGUUAAGACAUUCUUAGCCAAAUAAUCGACGGCAUCACCAAGUCAAGAUGGUGUACGUACGGCAGGAAUUCCUGCCGAAUCUGAAGGCGUACAAGUACUCCGGAGUCGACCACUCGUUGACAUCCAAGUACAUCCUAAAGCCAUUCUACACAAACUUCGUCAUCAAAUGCUUUCCCAUGUGGAUGGCCCCUAAUCUAAUCACACUUACGGGGUUUAUGUUCGUCGUUGCCAACUUCUUUACGCUGCUAUGGUAUAACCCCAUGCUCGACCAGGACUGCCCGCCAUGGGUUUACUAUUCAUGGGCUGCUGGUCUGUUCUUUUACCAAACUUUUGAUGCGGUGGAUGGAACUCAAGCUCGACGAACCCACCAAAGCGGACCCCUCGGCGAGCUAUUCGACCAUGGCGUCGACGCCCUCAACACCUCCCUCGAAGUCCUCAUCUUCGCCGCUUCCCAGAAUAUGGGACAGAGCUGGUACACCGUCGCCGUGCUCUUCGCAUCCCUCAAUACCUUCUACGUUCAAACCUGGGACGAAUACCACACCAAGACCCUCACCCUGGGUAUCGUCAACGGGCCCGUCGAAGGCAUCCUCAUCCUCGUCGGCGUGUACGCACUAACGGGAUACAUGGGCGGCGCCUCCUUCUGGCAGCAAAGCAUGUUCGCAACGCUCAAAGUCCCAGAGACCCUCGGUAUCCCCGCGCAGAUCUACAACCUGUCCUUCUCUCAAUGGUACAUGGUGCAAGGCACGAUCGUCCUCGUCCUCAACACCGUCGAGUCCGCGCGCAACGUCAUCCGCGCCCGCCGUGCUCGCGGCGACCGCUCCCGCUGGGCCCUCUUCGGCUUGCUGCCCUUUUUCGGCACCUGGGUCCUUGUCGUCGCGUACCUGUACCUACAGCCGCUCAUCCGCACCCAGCACCUUGUCCCCUUCGUCAUCCUGGCAGGUCUCAUCAACGCGUACAGCGUCGGCCAAGUCAUCACCGCACACCUCGUCAAGCUGCCUUUCCCGUACUGGAACGUGCUAGCCCUGCCUCUUGGCUACGGCGUCAUCGACAGUUUAGGCCCCAUCCUCCAGGAACACGUCGGCUGGGCUUCCGGUUGGCCUAGUGCUCUUGGCUCCGAUGUGUUCCAGGUCGCGUUCAUGUUCUGCAUGUUGGGCACCGCGAUUGGGGUUUAUGGGUCGUUUGUUGUGGAUGUUAUUGUCACGAUUUGCGAUUACCUUGAUAUUUGGUGUCUUACUAUUAAGCACCCGUAUGUGGAGGAGGCUAAUGGGAAUGGGAAUGAGAAUGGGAAUGGGAAUGGGGCGAAGAAGGUGAAUUAGGUAAGGGGUUUAGAAAUUGGUAAUGAGGAUUGGGGUUUGAGGUUCCUUGCUUAAGAAAAAGGGGGGAUGAAUGAAUGAAUGUUAGGGAAAGGGGGAAGGAAAGGAGUCGGGAAAGGGGUCAGUGACUAAAGGCUUGAUACUCUCUUCUUGGUUAGAACUUCUUCCGAUAUG